CCACCCCUCCCUCAUCCUCUCUCCCUUCACCCUGUUUACCAUCACAGGAGUUUCUUCAAGGCUUCAGUGAGCGUCGGACUGCAGAGAUACAGAAAGAGAGAGAGAACGGAUGUUAGCUCAUUACUUCUGCUGUUAUCCGACAGCGUUUAAUCCUUUCUAAACACUGUUCUCGCUGCUGCUCUUCACCUGCCGACUGGACUCUUUUGCUUUUUCAUGCUCGGCAAUUUGUGCCUGAUGCACCAACAUUCAUAAAGCUCCAAGACUUCAGAUAUUGAAAUACUGCAGUAACAUGACCAGGAAGGUGUUCACUAACACACGUGAGCGCUGGCGCCAACAUAAUGUUAACACAGCCUUCGCGGAGCUGCGGAAACUUAUUCCCACGCAUCCGCCGGAGAAAAAGCUCAGCAAGAAUGAGAUCCUGCGACUGGCCAUGCGCUAUAUCAAUUUCCUAGUGACUCUGCUGGAGAGUCAAGGGGGCGAACCCUCCGCUCAUUCUCAAGCCGCUCUCCUGACACUGCUCACAGGGAACAUGCAGAACCUGCGCACCGACCGCACCUGGACCAGCGACACCGACCCGCCCUCACCCGGCUCCAGCUGCGACAGCUCAGAAGCCUGGUAGAACUGAACCAAUGUGCGCUUCUGAAGAAGGGAGAAUUCCAUUAGAGUGAGAUUGGAACAAUUUUUAAAGUUACGUCACCAUGGAGAUGGAUUCCGGAAUGUUUAAGUUCUCUACAUGACAUCAUAAUUGCUCAUCUCUUCCAUUCUAUUAUGGAACGAACGGAAAUUCUGAGUCGGUGCUUUUAAAUUGCUGUCGUGUGUUACGGAGCGGGAAUUCCUAUUCCUAACAUCAGUGUGCGUCCUCAAGGAUGCACUUCGGAAGCAUCUCUUCUUUUUAAGUAUCAAGGCAAGACACUGCAGGUGAAUAGGGUAAAAAUAUUGGACUAUAUCGUCAUACUUCCCCAAUUGAUUGACUGCAUUAAAGGGAUAGUUCACCCAAAAAUGAAAACUCACAAUUAUUUUUCUUCCUCUUAUGGAUGUCAAUGGGACUAUCAAAUAGGGCUGUGCGAAUUAACGAUAUCAAAUCAAAUCUCAGUCAAAUUUGUGUCAAAAACAAUAAUAAACUCCGGACUUUUUUACUCUAUAUUGAUCUAAAAGCCAAUCACACAGCAGAAAUGUGCAACAAUUAAAUCUAAAAGUGUGUUGAUAUUUGAGAUUUUUAUUAGAGAUGUUUGAAAAUGUAUCAUCCGGAAAUAUGUUAUGCCAUUUAAUGGACCCUCUGAUUUUUGUGGCUUCGGUCAUUGUUGGGGUACUCUUUUAAAUCUGGAAGCAUUAACAACUGAUAUAUUAAUAUUGGAAUAAAAAUCAUUAUCGUUCAAUGUGGAAAGUAAUUUUCAAGAUUGCAUUUUUGCCACAUCGCCCAGAACUAUUAGCAAUUCUUUAAAAUAUCUUGCAUAUAUAGUGUCCAAUAGAAGCAAGAAACCCAUGAAGGGAGAGUAAAUGAUGAGGUAAUUUUCAUUUUUGGGUGAACUAUCCCUUUAAGAAUUACAAAUUUAUUCUGUACGACAAGAGGAGUGGUUACUUAAUUAAAUAUGCACUCAUUUGCUUACAAUUCCAGCACAAAAAAACUAUAUUCUUGUGUAAAUAUGCAAAUUAUGCAUGGGCAGUUUUCUUUCCAAGAACCUUCAGAUUAAUGACAUGAAUUUAACUGCAUGUAAGUGCUGCUGAAGUGCACAUUCACAGCUCAGCGCAUGCAAAGCAAAACAAAAAAUGCCUUAAUUUAUGUAUUAUAGUUGAAAACUACAGACACAAAUUGAAAAAA